AUGGGUGGUGUAAGAGUUGAAUUUUCGCACUGCAAGUGUCUGGAUGUGGGGGGCCAAGUGCUGAGUGCUGAGCCCUGGCUUCUGCGCGCGCAGGUGGUGAUGCCGCGCGCAGACGACACCGAGGAGGCGCGCGCAGACUUCGCGGCGGUGCAGGCGGCGCUGCUGCUGCGCGCGACGGCCGCGCAGCUGCGCGCAGAGCUCUGCCCCGACUUCCCGCCGCCCGCUUGCCCGCACAACCUCUCCACGUGGGAGGUGCGCGAGCGCUUCAACGCGCUGCUGCGGGCGACGGAGUGCCCGCGCGCCGACGGCGUGGGCGGGCACGGCCUGGGCGGAGGCCUCCUGGGCGGCGGCGGCGUGGGCGGGGGCUUCCGGCUGGGCGCGUCGGGCUGCGGCAACCUCAGC